GCGGAACCAGAAGGAUCUGCACGAGGAUGCUAUGCGGGUACACCAUUCUUGUGUACAGGACUUGGAGCAAGCAGCACCAGGACCAAAUGUUGCCGAACCCAGCAGUGCAGCUUCAACCUGCCAAUUGGAGCAACGAGUUUAUCAUGUAGUUGCAAUGCUCGGCGACAUAAGCACCUUCGCCGCACCAGCCACCAUGAGCGAGCAACUCGACACCUUGAAGACCGAGGUUCGGCAACCUUACCAGCCGCUCGACAACGAUGGCAGCACCAGUGCAUUGCGGGCAUACAAAAUGUCGACGUUCCAGAUCGAGAAGUUUGAUGACUAUACGCAUCAGGACCCAGUCGUCUGGUGGCAAGGCUUUACAACGGAGAUUGGGAUUCAUGAGGUCCCGAAUCACUUGUACAUCUCGGUGGUGUUUCUCAACGCCAAGGGCGAUGCCAGAUCUGGCUUAGCCACAUGGCAAUCACUUGUACAUCUCGGCGGUGUUCCUCAACGCCAAGGGCGAUGCCAGAUCUGGCUCAGCCACAUGGCAACCAUCCACGACGUCCAGGUCUCCGACCUGCAUAAGAAGAUCUCUUGGGACGAUAUGAAGCGAUUCAUUGUGGACGACGCCCCGACGCUCGCCAUCAACCGCCUCUUCGCCAUGACUCAAGGCAAACACCGACCCGCGAUUGGCUCAUCGAAUGGCAGAAGAUCGUGGCAACACCCGAUCUUGAGCUGCCAUUUUUGCAUUUGCUCCGGGACUGCCCUGGCGUGGAUGGAACAUCUGAACGCAGCUGUCCUGGUGUGGGUGGCGUACAUCAAUACAUCUGUUCCGGCACAGAUGUCCUGGCAGUGGCAGCUGUCCUGGCUGUCGUAUGGCACAUGCGAAUACAGCUGUCCGGGCAGUGGCAUGGAACAUGUGAAUAGGGUUGAUAGCCAAAUCCUAGUAGAGAGCAGAGCUACAGGCUUGGUCAACAACUGCUUUUCCAUAUUCAGCUUGAACGGAGCGGAUAAUGGGGGCGUAGGCGGAUCUGCUUGAGGGCUCUUUGUGGUUAAUGGCCGGCCCUCUCAUGGGACUCUGAUUUCGAGAAUCUCCUCUGUUUUUGUCUGAGACAGAGGGGGUGUCAUUUGAGGCUUUCUGCCAUGUCUUUACAGUGCUGGAGCUGGUGAGGAUUGGGUCUCGUCAUUGCAGUAAAUUAGAAGCAAUACUGGUCCUUCAAGGGAGUCCAGAGCUGUGGUAACCUGAGGCGUUUCUUGGGCAUGCAUGUUAUGCAGUGAUCGUGGUGUCAAUUGCCGAAUAGGAGUUUGGACUCUGGAGUGUGAUGCAAUUUGUAAAGAUUGAUGGUGGAAUGUGGAGCAUUCAAAUUCUGCUUGGUCUGUCUUAUUGGAGGCAUGGGCACGGCCAGCAUCUGCUGCUGAAGGUCAAAAUAUUCAAUACUGGACCGGGUCCGUGCUAAUUUGGUUGCAAAUUGCAAGUAUGGUUGGUGACAAGGCUGUUUGCAGCUGUGGCUGCAGCUGCAGCAAGUACUUAGGCGUAGGGAAGGUGCAACUCAUGUAAUGUAUGAUUGUUCCUUCUCGUUGUAUUGCUGCUACAUGGACCAACCACCUGCUACAUGGACCAACCAGGUGGUACCUGUCACUGUCUAGCUUCGGAACAAGUGGCCAUCUUUCUGGUCCAGAUUUGCCAGGCAGUCGAGUGUAUGGAUCAGGUUGCAACAUUAGGAUCUUUUCUCCCCAAAGGGUGCAUGCAGUCAUGUCAUUUUCCGCAGAAUCAACUGCAUCUGGUCUUGAAAUGUGUUCUCAUUGCUGUGGCGAUUUUGGGGAUUUGAAGGCCUCUGAGAAUUCUGGAGUGUUUGAUGACAGGUGGUGGUGUGUGUGACCUUUGUGACGCGUUAUGAUUGGGGUAGGGUCAGACGGAACGGGUGAUGACAGGUGGUGGUUUGUUCGAGUGUUAUAUGGCUUUUGUGACCCAUUCUGAUUGGGGUAGGGUUGGAACGGGUGACAUGGGGUGUCCUCUUCUUGAGCCUGGUUGGUUUGGACCCUUGUUGGUAUGUGUGGGUUUUUCCAUGGAGUGGUGUGCUGGAUGUGACAUGACGUGAUUUGUAUGAAUGGGGGCUGUAGCAGUUCUGGUCUUUUCAUGGGCUCUAGUUCUUUUCGGUUGCCUUAUAUGUAUGUAUAGGUUGGGAAUGUGUUUGACACUUUUUUGCAGAGCUUGUCAUCUGGACAAGGUCUGCACCGGGUUCAUAGACUGGUGGGUUUGGACUGUUGGUUGUAUGUGUGGGUUUAUCCGUGGAAGGUUGUUCUAGAUGUGACAUGAUAUAUGUUUGAACUUUGAAUCGACUGUUAUGGUCUUUUCUUGGUCUCUAGUUUUUGGUUGCAUCAUAGAUGUAUAGAUUGGGCAUGUUCCGACGUUGAUCUGUGUGGGUGGUCCCCAUUUCUCUUGGCAUUGUUCCCUCCUGAGAAUGUCAGCGGUGUCUCUGUACUGGGGCUCUUGGAUGGAAACAGGUGGGCUGGUGGCUGGUUAAAUUUUGAAUUUUCACUUCUAGACGAUGAGAAGAGCUAAACACACUCAAGAGAGGAGUAUCUCUAUUUCCUGCCUUUCAAGUCCCUUCCCAUGGUCAAAUUGUUUGUUUGUUUGUUUGUUCAUGUGUGCAUGUAUCACUGAAACUCUGGUGUAUACCACUUUCUUGUCUCCCCUGCCCGAGCAGGCACUCAUUUUGCAAUGAAUGCCUUAUAAGAGA